UAAUUGUGCCUUCCGUUUCUUGUCAGUCACUUUCACCUUUGAAAUCCAGCGAUUAAUGAAGAGGCUAGGUUUCUUUUGGGGUCUACUUCAUCAGCAAUUUGAUGGAAAAUAACCAAAGUCUAUCCAGUUCCGUUGCUACUGCUUUUAUUUUCCAUCCCUACACACUAGUACUGCCCAAAUGAACCAAGAUGGCACCCGAAAAGUCAUCAUUUGAUGAACUUGUCGAGUCUCUGGUGGAUCUUGGCACCAAGGCCUAUGAUCCUGCUGUGACAGUGACUUCAAAAGAAGACGCAAAACUGCAACUUGACAAUUUCAUUGAAAAUUCAAGCACUGUUGCUAUUGUCCCGGCUCUGAAUACUUUGGUUCGCCCUGGCCGGGUUCCGGAAUGGCUCCGUAUAGAGUUCAUGCGUUUACUGGCUGCAGUGCCUUUGAGAAGAUAUGGAGUUCGGGCUACUCUUGAGUUCAUCUUUGCUGUGCAUCCUUUGAACGACAGCAGCUCGCUUGAAAAGAAGCCCGAUGGCGCAGCAAGGGGCCCUACAAAGAUAUCGCCUGAGGCCAUGGCUUUGGCCUCUCGGCUGCUCUCCAUGCCUCCAUCCUCAAUCGACCCAGAGGCUUGGUUCUCUGGCAUAGCUCCCCAGCUGCUAGACAUUCUUGAUGGUCGAGAUGGGCUUGACCUUACAAAGGUCGCUGCGUACGUGAUUGGCUUCGGCAUUCUUGGCCGAAGGCAAUUUGGUGCUCCAGGAACUCCCGGCUGGUGUAGCUUUGCCGAGCCUUUGCAGAAAACAAUUAAACCCGGAGCCCAUCAAGUAUCCUUAAUGCGAAGCUCUGCCCUGGAAGGCGGCGUGGUAGACCUUAGCAAGUCUCUAGUGCUGGUUUCUCCAUCGGAAAUGUCUACCGCUUUACGCCGCCUCCAGCACUUGGCAGUACAUCACCCUAAUCCCGGCCUUUCGAGAAGGUUGAUCCAACCUCUGUUACUACCCCUAUGGGCCAUUGUGUCUAGGCCAGCCGACGGUGACAAGUACGAGGAGGACUACCGUCGUCCAGCCAAGAACCUCUUGACUAUCUACUUGAAUGUUGCCAGCUCGCUUGACCCUGUCACUUGUAUCAUCGACAAUCUCCUGUACAACGGCGAACGCGAUAGGGACAGGCUGUUGUGGGUUUACGACAGCCAAGAGGAUGGUACGCUCCAGCUCGUCGUUCCCCGCCAGUUCGACUCGAAAUAUUUGUCAGUCGACAAGAUAAACCUUGACCAGGCAGAAGGCAAGGCCCGACAGCUUGUCAGCUUAAUCUCGUCAGCAUUUACCGAUGAGGUCAUAUCCUCGAUUUUUCUGGAUGUUUUCAACAAGUGGGCCAAAUCGAAUCCUGAUCCGCAACAGCCAGCAAUUCUCGUCAAAGCUGAAGAGAAGACCAAAGAUGACCCACUUCAUGGCCUCCUUCGUGGCCAAGUGCUGCAGGAAAUGAUGCUCAAGCUUCAAGACAAGCUAGCUAGUCAACCGGGGCACAUACUGAAGCUGGUAGAUGAUCUGCUAUCUGACAAGGCUAAACUUAGUCACGACGAGGAAGUCCUCUCGGUCGCUUUGAGUCUGCUAAAUUUGAUUGCUACAACACCAAACUUCCAGCAGCGCAAGGUAGACCAGGAGCUCAUGGCAUCCAUUGAAAGCUCGUUGGAUCGACUGAGCAAGACGGCGGUUGGAGAAAGCUCAACAACGGCAGCCAAUAUAGCGCGAUACUUGAAGUAUCGUGCCGAAUUCGACGAACCCUCUGAGAUGCAACCCAGCCAGACAGAUCGACAAAUCGAAGAGCGGAAAACAUAUGCCCUUGCUGUAUCCUACAUCACGCAGCCUGACUCGCCGGCUCCCGUCAGGGUCGAGGGGCUCAACCUGAUCCAUGGUCUCAUCUCGACAAAUAGCACUAUUUUGGACAUACCGGCGGUUCUCGUGCUCAUGUCGUCACUGCUGGUGGAAAGUGAUGAUUAUAUCAACCUACGGGUCAUCAAGAUCUACAUAGAGCUAGCCAACAGGCAUCCAAAGUCUGUCACACGCGAACUCAUCGAUCGAUACGUAGACGCAAGCGAGAUGGCGGCUGUCGACACGCGUCUUCGCUUUGGAGAGGCACUCAUGCAAGUAGUUGAGCGACUGGGCGAAACAUUUGCUGGCGAUGCGGCGCAACAAGUCUGCCAUGCUCUAUUAAUGCUGGCCGGGCGACGCGGGCGCCGGCCAAAGACAGAGGCAAAACAGGCCAGAGAAGAGAGACUCCGCAAGAUGAAAGCCGAAAAGGGCGAGCUGGAUGACGAACCUGAUGGGCAAGAUACCGCGGAGCUUUCAGAACGGCAACGUGCAGACAACGCUAUUCUCAACAGUAUAGUAGAAGGCUGGAGCAGCAAGAGGGGCGCCGAAGACGUUCGCAUUCGAGGCUCUGCGCUGUCCAUUCUGGCGAUUGGAAUCGAGACAAACAUAGCCGGGAUAGGUCCAGAUCUCGUGUCAUCGGCUGUUGAUCUGAGCAUGCAGGUUUUGGCGCUGGAGACGGAAGCUGAAAAGGGCAUUCUUCGACGUUCGGCCGUACUCAUAGUACUCAGUUUUGUUCGAGCACUGCACCACGCCAAAGAGCACAAGCGACAUCUUGGGUUUGGGCUGACGGACGAAAGUCGUGCGGAUAUAACGCGGAUCCUGGAGUAUGUGGCCAGCACCGACAAUGAUGGCUUGGUCCAGCAACAUGCCCGCGAUGUGGUCCAGAGCCUUGAGAAUUGGAGGAUGAGCUCACUUCUCCCUCCGGAUACCGGAUCAAGUAAUCCAAGUGACAACAUCAUCCGACUGGCUGGACUUGAAAUUGGCUUGGGAAACAUCCAGGUCGGCAGCAACCAACCGACCAGGCGAGCAGUUAUUGAAGAGAUUGAAUGAUUCUCGCACGAAGUCAUGAGGUGCAAUAGUCUGUCAUGUGGGUGUGAAACUAUUCAGCCAUUGUUGCUGGAAAGUUCAGGCAGCGCCGGAUCUCCGGCUUUAAACUCAAUACCUCAAAGAGGUUAAUCGAUCACACUUCCCGAGUACUCCCACUUUGCGAAGCACAGAAUAAGCUUUAGAGCUCAAACUUGAUUCAGCGCAAAACCGUCGAUUGCUCUGGAUUUGCUGGUCAUCUUGUGCGAGGCAUAAUAUCUCCGUGAAUGACUUGACAACCCAAAAAAACAAAACAAAGAUUUGCCAGAUACGAGGGAAUCACAAAUGCCAGCUUCAACAAUCGUCUGUUGUUGGUGUUUGUCUCUUCGUCGUCAGAACGGCUACUACCGAACCCCCCCUCCCUCCCAAAACACAAUCGUUGGGUCUUGUUCAUUUUUGAUACAUCGGCACAUUCGAUAAGCAUUCACAAAACCAGAGCAAACACGAAACCGAAAGCGAUAGUGAAACGUCUUAAAAAGAAUACAUCCCAUCUCAAAAUGUGUAUCUACAGUACAAAAGAAAAAAAAAGAAAAGGCUAUCCCAAUAAAGCAUAGAGGGGCUCAUCUCUUUUCUGAGUGUCAUCCAAAAAAGACCCACUUAUAUCCAAUCCCAUGUUCGCAAAUAAGCCAAAUCCGUUCCUAUCGCCGUUAUCAUAAUCUACUUUACAACAGGACAAGACCGGCGGCGAACAGAGCCAAGAUUGAGGUGGAAACACCGAAUGCCUGGAUAGAGGUACCACCGUUGGAGGGGCUGCUGGUGCGGCCACCACCGCUGCCACCUAUAAAUGCGAAAGGAGCAAGUCAGCAAAUCUGGAGAUGGUAAAGAGAGAUAUAAGUGGAAGGAGGAUGUGUUAAACUUACCCUGGGUCUGCUUCUUGCAAAUGUCCAUGAGAGUAGAGUUGGACUCGAGAGUCUUGAGCCUCUCCUCAGUCUUGGUGGCCUUCUUCUUGUACUCGUCGAUCUUGGUCUGGUUGCCCUUGAACUUGGUGUCGAGGAAGGUCUGGUUCUUGGAGUUAUCGACCAUCUUCUGCAUGCCCUUCAUACUGCGGCAGGUCUGCUUGUCCUUCUGCUCGGCGCAGAAGGCGGUCAGGGUGGUGUUCUUCUGCAGGGUCUCGAGGGUGGCCUUGCGCUCCUGGGCCUUCUUCUUGAGGUCAUCGGCCUUGGUGGCGUUGUUCUUGGUGACCUGGUUCAGGAGCGUGUCGUUGCCAGCAAUCUUCUCGAGGCGCUCCAGGCGGUGCAUCUCACCGCACUGGCGCUUCUCCUUGCGGUAGGCGGCGUACUUGCCGCACUCGGCCACCAACGUCGAGUUGUCCUGGAGCGCCUUGAGCUCGGGCUCGGCCUUCUUGGCCUUGUCCUUGAUGUCGUCGGCCUUGGUCGCGUUGUUCUUGGUGAUCUCGUUGAGGAGCGUCUGGUUGCCGGCGAUCUUCUCCAGGCCCUCGAGCUUGAACAUCUUGUUGCACAUGGCCUUGGUCGACAUGGGCUUGCCAUCCUUCUUGUCGGCGGCCAUGGUCAUGUCGGCCAUGUCGGCCUGUGCGGCGGCGGUGCCGGCGAUGGCGAGGAGGACGAUGUUGAGCAACUUCAUGUUUGCGGUUUUUUUUUUGUGUUUGGGGAAACCUUGAAUAAACGAAGAGGGGAAAAGAGAGGUUCAACAAAGGUGACAAUCGAAAAAAACCGGGCCGGCGGUAUGUAUAUAUGUAAGAAUUGAAGAGGGAAGAAAAGAAAACAAAAAGAGAAACGAGGCAAAAGGAAUAGGAUAGCUUGAUGGUUUGGAUCUGAGAAACUGGGAUGGAAUAAACUCUGGAAAAGGUUGAACGGAGGUCAGUCGACCAUGAUAUAUACUCAUCCGAGAUGCAGUAGCUUGGUGGAUGGAAGCGCGGGAGAAGUGUAGACUCCAGCUCUGCCUCUCUACGACUUGCCUCUUUUUUCGCUUCCGUCUUACUAGAUCAGGCCAGGAUACCUGGUCCUAGGCACUGGGGC